ACGCGUUUGGAACCCCGUAUUUAAGAGCUCUUAUGCUUCUUGGCCAUGGAAGUUCCAACUUCUUACAUUACAUUCUGUGGUUAUAGUUGUGCUUCUCUGUUUAUUAUGGCUAUAACUUCGAAUAUCCUUUUUCAGGGCUGCCUCAGACAUUAUCGUAAGUCCAUAUCCUCGCAAACGUGCAAACCUGAGCCAGGCUUCGCGACACAUCGCUGCCACUUGUCCUGAUACCUCCAAACGUGUCGUGGCUGCCGGUUUUUCCGUGCUCCCCGAGUAGCGGUAUUAGAGGUAUUAGUGCCCCAGAAGCUCACAGCCCCUUCCCCCAGCACUCUGCACUCAACGUCAACAUACUAUGCUAAUUGUACUUCAGCGCCAGAUAGAAGCUGGGGGUGUCAUUUUUGUUCUGUCUGAAAUACACCUCGUUUGAAGUUAAUUCUAGGCUCAGUUGCUGCCCUGAGAUGCACUCAGACAUUUCACCAAUCCUUACCCUGGUCAGACUGGGUCGUUAAGACCUUUCAUUAAACUCCUAAUUUUUUUGUUAUGGUGUAGUUAUUAUAAGACUGACUACAUUAAUUAAAAUCUUUUUAUUCUUUAUUCUUUGUGUAAAACUUUGAAGUCAGAGUUUUGAAAAUAUAAUUUUUGCUCAGCAUUGAAAUCCAAUGAUUCAUGGUGGGGUUUCUUAAACCAAGAUGUAGAAGAUCCAAAGUUUCAUGUUUGAUCUUUCGGGUAUGUGUACUCUGUAAGCCUGUGGUGUGAAGCUUCGUAUGCCUUGUGUACCACAAAACAGGAUUUGUUGUUAAUUACAUUUUUGACUUUGGAUCACCACAUACCUUGCUGGCUAGUAACAAAACUACCAGUACAUGCAAGAUGCUUAAAUGAUUUAAUUGGUUAAUUGUUUCACAUUUUGGUCUGGGCUGCUGUUAUUUAAGGAAGGGGAAGAGCAACAAAAGUAGCAAACGUACCUUUGCCCCUGUUUCCAGUUAUGUCAGGUGGUUGACUGUGAUUAGCUUGCAUGUCAUCUGCAUUUGGCCUGGGAUGCAACUGCUAAGCAGCUGAACACGUGGUCUGUGUGACGGGCUCCAUGUCAGGUUUUGGGCUGUCUUGACAAUCUGCCAGACUAAAAGCUGUGGGUUCAAGUCCCGUUGGGCACCCUGCUGCCAGGCCGGCUUGGAAGAUAUGCAGAUCUAUAAUUGGAUCAGAAACUUAAAUCACUUUAGGUAGGAGUGUCAAGCUAAGCAGUUAACAAUAAUAUUUACAUUUAUACAACAUCUUUGUUGUACUGCAGCUCAAGGACUAAGGCAGGAAAGAAAACUUUAGGAGUUCCUGUGCAAGCACCCUGCUCAUUUGACUUCAAUUUAAAAACUGGCACAGAUUAAUAAUUCAGAGCUGAUACAUGAUUCAACAGUACCUGUCAUUGCUUAUUACAAGUAGGGGAAAAACAUACUUCCUGUGUAGCUUUGUGUGGCGCUUCUUAAAUAAAUUUUGCUUAAUUAUUUAAUAGAGAGAACAGGGUCUUUGGCUGGACUGAGCUGUCUUUGAAUUGGGGUGGCUGGAUUGUGGUAUGUGAUUGUGUUCAGACUGCCUGGGGGGUUUAUUUUGAAGUACUUCGGAAGGUAGCAGAGAUGUGCGAGUGGAACGUUCAUUCCAUGCUACCUGCGACAAAAUGAACCUUUUUUUUUUCCCUCUUUAUGAACUGGCACAGACCGUUUAGCCUGGAGCAAAUGUUUUCAACGUCCUGUUCGUAGGAAAAUUAGAUGAAUGGCCUUUGGAGAACGAUAUUUGUUCUCAGCUACAGUAAAGGACAAAAAUGUAUAAAAACCAAGUGAGUGAGAUAACAUUUUAACGAUGCAGAAAAAUAUAUCCCCCCACCCACUGAAGGUCUACAUAUUGUAUUCAUUUUAUGAUGUUUUGUUUAAGCAUUGACUUCACAAGUAAUGCUUACCAUUUGGUGAUGCCAGUAAGGAAGCUGCCUACUACCUCACAUUGAUCGUGGUACAUCAGUGGAUACCAGAAGUGGAAUCAUGAUGUCAAAACCAAGACAAAGAGACAUUUUUAUAUUAAAAAUCUGAUUUGACAGUGAGCCUUUCUAAGCCUGCAAUAAUGGUAUAGUUCAGUAAACAUCACGCCCUUUAGUGAUUCACAUCGCUUGACUGAACUGUACCCUGAAGACAGCAGUUCUGCCCUAACCCAUGCCCUAAGAGGCAGGUUUCUUCGCAGAUUAAAAGAUGGGGCUUUAGUCAGUUUGGCCUUUUUACGCUUGACUCAGUCUCGGCUGACAGCAUCCAAGAAGCCAGUCUCCUGUGGUCACAAGGCUACAAAGAGCCCAACUUUAAUGUGCUUGGUGAAAUCAAAAAUAUCUCUGAUGGAUUUUUUUAUGACUCGAUCAUCUGCUUCCAUUAGACAGUGACUGAAAUCUCUCCACAAGUCUCGGGAUCUUUGUGAAGGUCGUUUUUCACAGAACCAGUUUCGUCCUCCUUCAGGAUGCUCCUGAGAGAGCAAAUCCCAUUUGGAGGUCUCGGCGAAGGUCUGUCAGAUCGAGGUCAUGCCUCGUUUGUUAGUAAUGAAGUUUUUCAGUCGGGUUACGGAAAGGAUUAAGCUGGUUGGAGCUCUACCGAGACCUUCUUUUUGAAGUGUGUUUUGAUACAAAGCCAAGGUGAAUCAGAGAGAAGCCAAAAGUUUGUGAUAAACGUGGUACAUCUUUCAUGAGUGUCGCCCUGGAUCCUGGGCUGCUGAGGGAGAGUCCUGGGAUGGUGCACCUCCAUGGUGGUGCAUGGUGUAGCGUACCGUCAAGAGCGCGAGCUCUCACGACGUGACAAGUUCCCCUCUCAAGAUAAUUCAAAAAGCGCCGGAUCCCAGCUGAUUGCUCCCCUUCCGUUUGAAAGCGCUGAGGGGGAACAGCGCUCCGAGUGAACCGGAGCAUGGCAGUACAUGAUUUCCCUGCCCGGCCUGCGAGUUCAAAGGAGCUGAAGAUGUAGCGAUAGCUCCAACUGAGUCGCUGAUGAAUAAUGACACAACUCGUCUUUUAACACAGGCUCCCUGUCUCUCGCUUUCAUGCAUCCUUCUCUAACUAGGCCUCCUUUAAGGAUAAAGAAUGUAAAAAUGAAUAAUUUACGACAGCCCCUCUUUAUUUAUUGAAUACAGUGCCAGCAGCUUAAGUGAGCCUUGUUGGCUUCGUUCUGCAACGUCUCGGGUUCACGACAAAUAGACGACGGUUGCGAUGAGACUGCUUCCCGCUACUCAUUAUGCUCAUCGCACGACACCCAUUUCAUGAUGCAACUUCGGAUCUAUGUGUGUCAAAUUCAGCAUUCACAUUAUAGCUCCCAAUUCCGGCCCGGUUGAGUUAUGGCGUGACCGUCACUGUGACCAUGACGGAUGUAAACCAGUGUCACCUGGGCGUUGGUGUGGAGAAAACCUCUGGCCCACAGAGCACACAGGAAAGCAUUAAAUUAGAGCAACAUGACAGCAAAGACUCCCCUGAACAAAGAGCUGUCCUGUCACCGUCUGGCCCAAUUUCAGAGCUCCUUCUUCCUCUUCUAGAAAUAAGCAUGUUUUGACGAACGUUCAGGAAGUUUUCUGAUGCAUUUGUGGGAACGUGUAAUGAUUUAAUAUAUAUGUAAUUCUGGAAGCUUUCAGAAUUAUUUAAAAAUUUUGUACAACUCCGAGUAGCAGCAUUCAGCGUUCUGACCUUGCUGCUUAACCCUGUGGAGAUCCUGCAAGCAACUUCACACCCGCCAACCCCCCAGGUGGUCCGCAUGUCACCUGAAUGCCACAGCGAACCACUUAGCCACUGUCACGUUAGCUAACGGUUUCUGACAUUUCGACCCACUUUUCGAUCUAAACUUGUGCUAAGUGCCUUCGGUCAAAGUUAGACUCUGAUAACCUCUCCACAGCUAACAAAAAAAAUGUCCACCAGUUAAAAGACAGAUGUGAAAAUAGGAACAGGGUUUUGAUUUAAGCAGCUCAUUAAGCAGGUGGUCUUCAUCUUUUCUCUCUGGGACGGGUGCUCAGUUGAUAUGCUGAAAUCCGAUUCCAUGUCCAGGUCCUGGAAAAUUUGCAUCCAGACAGCCAGCAAAGCUUCACACACCUGCUUCCGUUUGCCUCCAUCCAUCCACCAGUUGGAGGAGGGGUCUUGUUUAGUCCUGGGCUGGAUUUGAACGGCAGAACCCCAGAAGACUCCCUCCGAUCCCGUGAGAAGCCGAUUCCUGGCUUUUAGCCCCCAUUAAAUGCCAAACAGCCGGAGGUUGUUCAGCGCAGCGACUUUUCACUCUCCUGAUCUCCCGUUACCGAUGGGGGCCGUGUAGAAUCAUCAUCGUUCCCGCAGACCAGGUGGAUCCAAGUCGUACCACAUGGGUGUAUGUUAGCCAUCUGGUGUAUCUGAAAGUGCAUCCAAGGGUGGAUGAUGCUACACCCAUGUCCCACCCUGGUGUGACGGCGAAUACCAGGCUCAGGUGGAGUCAGGCUCAGAGUAUGCAUCUGCCAUCGCUGUUAUUUGCAGUGGACUUUACUGAGUCUGUAAUCCUGCCCUAUGUGAGUAAACUUUAUUUAUUUUAACAUGCUUUAAUCCAAAAGGACGCAGGGUCAUACAGUCCAUGGAGUGAUUGGGGCCUUGCUCAAGGGUUCAAUGAUGAAGUCACUCUGCCGAUCGUGGGAUUUGAACCAGCACCCUUCUGGUUACACGCCGCACCUGCCAUAAACCCAUACCGGUGUUUAGCAUGUCAUGGUCACAGGGUGAGAAGUGCAUUUAUCUGGCGCCCUCCAAACACCAUGUGCCACAUGACAUCUCUGCUGAAGUGAGCUGAGGUUAGAGAGGUUCUUCACUGGAAAAGCCAAUGGUUCAUCAGCUUGGAUGGUUAAUCAUGUGAGAUGAAAGUGAAAGGUGGUGCGGGGGUGGGUGGGGUUUUGGCCUCCCGAGUUUCCUGUAACCCUUCCUGGAAUCCAUCAUCUUCCCUCACGAGCGUGAUACAUGAUGAUGCAACACCCUGAAACUCUUGGCAGAACCCGCUUCCAGUCCUUGGUCUGUGGUCAGUGAUGAUGUGAUCAAUCAGACGAUUCAGGGAAUUUCUGUUUAAAAAGGUGUAUUUGUCGGUUACUAGGCAACGGGCAGAUGGCUAUCGGACUAGUUGUUACAAGAAAUCGGCGAACGAACAAGGGUGAGAGUCACAUAAUGAAACGUAGAUCCAUCUGCUUGUUAAUCACCUUGUUUAAGUAAUAAGGUUAUUAAACAAACAUUGAAAUACUUACAACACUAAUGAUGUAAAGGGGGAGAUACCACCUGUAAGGUGGGGUGCUGGUCAACUUUCUCAUGGAAUUGUACGACAAGCUGCGGGAAUCUGAGCUGUAAACACUGGGUGAUGGGGGUCAGAUUUUAGCAUUUACAGAUAUAACCAAUAUAUCCUGCUGGGUUUUCACUUAAGCAGUUUAUUACUUCCCUCAAACGUACCAUAGAAAGAUGUCAAAUGAUUCGAUACAGCAUCCUUAACACUAGAACUGCUUGGCGAUUAAAGGAGUUUGAAAUUCAUUGGUAUGGGAAACGGGCAGUUCUAGCAUUAAGCAGCAGCGGUACUUACCACACGGAAAGUGUGCAUAUGUGGUGGGGCCCUUCCAUGUGGCCACAAAUAGUCACUACACUAGUAGGGACCAGAGGCCCCAAAAUGACUUUUGAGUGGGCCCAUGAAAGAACAAACCCACCCCCGCCCUUAAGGUUACCAGUCCACAGCCGUAACCACUCUACCACCAUCCCUCCCGUGUUCUCACUCUUUCACUAUCCCUUGCUUUUCACAGCUUCUAAGAGCACCUUCUCUGUACAUUGGUUUAGGCCACAUCAUGCGUGGGGCAGAAGGGCUGGUCCUCAGCGUGGGGCCUGGAGGAAGGCCAGCUAUGUGCCACCGCUCUCGUUAGCGCUGCCGUGUGCAGAUAUUUCCUGUAUGUGGGCUGCAGCCCAUUACGAUAAUCCAGCCUCACUUUACGGGACGGUGUGCCGAACCCACACUCCGUGUCCUCAGAGCCCACGGUGAAGUCGAGAUACCCCAGAAGGCGUCUUCCCAGUGACCACAAACGGGACUCUUGAGUCAGUGUCAUCCAGGUCCACCCAUAUCCUCAUAAACAGAGCUCAAAUUCCACCUUCAUCACCAGACUUACUGGCAUCCUGCCUCCUGAGACAGAGGAAAUGUCCCGAUAAGCAGCAGACUCAUCAGCAGAUCACCUUUGUGGGGGGGUUGUAGGCACGGCGGGGGGGGCGGUUGUAGGCACGGCAGGAUGUUUCCUCAUGUCCAGCACCGUGAACGAGAGGUUAGCUUUGUCUGCUAUUGACCUGUAUGUCUUUGGCCUGAUAGGGUUCAUCCCCCUCCCCCCCAAUCUAUCACGGCUGAGGGAUGAGACUGCACCCCCCCCUCACAGUGACUCACCUCCCACAAAAUGCAUCAGCCCAUCCACGCACCACAUACCCUCCCAGGGGGUGGAGCUGGAUGGAUGGGAGCAGGUUGUCCGCAUACAGGAAAAGCAAUCAAAAGCAGAUAAAGUCUGAGCUCACUGAAAAACAUAACGUCCCACGGCAGAGGGAGAAGAUAAACCUUCUGUGUUUGACUGAAGCAAUAAAAAUGUAUGUCUGUGUUUGUAGGUGGGUGAUUAUUCUUGUUAAACCACAGGACUGAUAGAUUCAGUGUGCCUACAUAUGAAGGGUGGAGCAGAACCCAGGAGAGCUGUUCGUUGGCUGCAUGCGCUCACACUUACACAGGCUGGGGUGGGGCAGGACCCCAUCCUCCCAUGCUUGUCUCAGUGGAGAGGGGAUGGGGGUGGGGUGGCCUCUGACAGCUCAUCUGCAGGAUGAUUGGAACACCUGGAACACAUAACAACAACCAUGGAGGGCAAACAGCCAUGUUACUGUGGGGUAGGGGGUCUUUUCACACCCCAUCCCCACCCAUGAACCCAGACCAUCAUUAUCCCACUAAAAAUUACUGGCUGUCAUAGAAUCAGACGUGAAUCAGACAAAGGAAUUAUUGUGGUUUAUGGAGAAUGUGGAUUGUGUAUGUCUUCCCUUCCCGUUUUGGAAGACUUGUGGCACUUCUCUUGGUCCAGUACCACGUACACCUGGGCAUUGUUUUGAAGAACAGCCUGGUUACACUUAUGCACUCAACAGCACAUAUGUUGAUAUUGUGCUGUUUGCCUCACUUGUACGGCACAUGUUGCUAAAUAUAUGUAAAAGUAAAUGUCUACUGAUCAAGUCUUACAAUUGAUCCAGACAUCUGCACAGGACAUUACCUGGACAGGACAUCACCCGCAGGACACUACCUGGACAGCACAUUCCCUAUCCACCAGCAGGUGCUCCACAAGGCUGCCAUUAGUUCACUUAAACUGCAAGCAGUGUGAUCAGUUUUUUAACGGAGUUUUAAGUCAGUUUAUUUAAAGCAGAAAUAUGAGUGGCAUUUAAAGGUUCCUGCAUCCUGUUGUGUGCGUCCCUCUUUCUGCAGGAAGUCUGGCGUGACCGAACUGGAAAGGCCAAGCUGGAAAUGAAUCACACCGGGCCAAAGAUGCAAGCACAGAAAGAUCUGAGACCACUUCACCAGAUGAGGGCCCUGCAAUUCCGAAGCAUUGCCCCGAAAGUCCCAUCGGGGGUGUCUGCUCCUGCCAUCCUCUCCUGCCACACGCCCUCCACCCCAUCUGACGCCACACCCACUGUCGGCCCCAAGUCCAUCGUGAUGCCAGCCCAGAACUAUGCCCUGAUGCAAAUGGCUGGGCAGGGGGGUGCCUUCUCUCUGGUUGCCUUGCCCCCGUCGGUGUCACCUCCUGCACCACAGCAGCAGGCUCAGAAAUGUCCAUCCUUCACCAAAACUCCAAAACUGCCAAUUCCAAGGUACCAGCCCGCACAGAGCAGGAGCAUUCCUGAGAAAGUGGGUCAGGCCCCCGCGGUGCAGGUGCAGAGCCCGACUACAGGGGCGGCCACCUUGAACACAUGGCCCCCCGAAUCUCUGGAGAGUCCCUCCAAGGCAGAGUCAUCAGAUCAGGUCAUGCUAAUAGACUCUGGCUCCUCCGAAAUCUCUGUCACCGCCCUACUGUCCGACAGCAGAUUCCUGUGCUCUAGCUCCAGGGUGGAGAGUGUCGCCAAGGUGGAUGGGGACCUGUAUCAUACGACUGGGGAAACUCUCACCUCUGUGGAUAAAGUACAGGAAGAGUGUAACCAAGAUGCUCCCUGUAUCUCAAAGUCUGGUGCCAUCACUGUCCUCUCGCCAGCCGUCUUCAGCAAAGUGGUCCAGGUCAUUCCCUCACUGCCCAAGGGGAAGCUGCCCAUCCUGCCAUACUCCAAGAUGAAGAACUCCCUCUUACCUCCAGCCAAGACGAGUGCAAAGUCCGCUGAGAAGGGCUUUGCUGGACCUCACUGUGGCCUUGCAAAUUCCACCAGUCUGGCUCACCGGACUCCUGUGGACACUGAUGCAGUGUGCCAAAAGCAAGUGCCAAACAUAUCACAACAGAGCCAGCUACAGGCAAAAGGGACUUGCUUGCCAGGCGUAGGGCUCGGCACCUUACAGAAGUCGGCUGGCAAGAAGAGGGGCAGGAAAAAGAAAACCAUCGAGGACAUCUUGGCUUUUGAGGCUAGGAAAAAGAGGUCUCUGUCCUUUUUUCGGAGGAGAGUACCAGACAAGUUGCACCCAGUAGCGACUGGGCCCAAGGAGAAGACUCUGGACAUUUCCAAAAAGUACCGGAGUAUCAGGCCAAAGCCGGUGCUAGUUCUGGAUACCGUGCCACAGCUGCUGGGUCUACCACCCCACUCCAGCACGAAGCGGCUGGAACUAGACCUUCCCUUGGGCCGCCAGCUCCCCAGCAACACACUUGAUGUGGGGGAUUUAGAGCCUGUAGUUGAGCGGCCUGGCGCUGAGAGUGGGUACCUGUCUGCCAGGCAGCUUCACCGGUGCCCCACCUGCAGCCGCUGCUUCCAAUUCAAGCACCACCUGCAGAGUCACAUGAACAGCCACACCAACCGGCGGCCCCAUGCCUGCCCCGUGUGCCGCAAGGCCUACGCCCACUCAGGGAGCCUCAGCACCCACAUGAAGCUGCACCAUGCCGAGGGCCGACCCCGCAGGGGCCAGUCCUGCGAGCUGUGCAACAGGGUCUUCAGCUACACGGGGGUGUACCUCAGCCACCUGAGGGAGGCUCAUAAGGUCAUUCUCACCAUGCAGCCAUCUGCCAGCCAGCAGGAGGAAGACGUCCCUGUCGAAGGUGUGAUGCCCCCCCACUCGACGGACGAGCAGACUCAGGAGAAGGAGGAUCCCACAGAGCUGCAGAUAAAGUGUAGCCGCUGCCACACUGUCGAGCCCACCUUCGCUGACAUAAAGCUGCACCUGCUAUAUGUACACGGUGAGGAGGUUCAGGCAAACCUAAGGGAAGUUGGUACAAGAGGGUGCCAGCAGGCUGAGGACGAGCUGGUCAAACACGCCACUAACGAGCGCAGGAGUCGGGUCAAGUGUGGUAGCUGUGGGGAGGAAUUUUUCUCUUUCUCCAAGUUGAAGAGGCACAUCUACUCCCACCACCGGGGGGAGCCAGAGGUGACAGUGGAGUAUGAGGAACCUAUUGGGGAGCCUGCUGGUGACAUGUUGCCUCCUAAAAGUGUGACACUCCAGACUGGUGAUGCCUACCACUGUGUGCUAUGCUCAGCCUCCCUAGACAGCAAGGAGGAGCUCCUAGCACACUGGGGGGGACAGCACAAUUGCGAGGAUCCGCCCUCCCUAUGGACCAUGCUCAGCUUGCUGGUAAAACUUGAUGGUGCUAACCUUUCCACCGAGGGUCCCUCACAGCUGGGGCCUGUCUGAUCCCACAAUGCACCUGGCCAAAUGAACACGCCCACGUUCCUUUACUCAGAUACAUAACAGAAAUGUUAAUUUUUUUUUCUUUUAAAUGACUCAUGUUCAGGUUAUGAUUAUAUUGGCUGUAAGUACACAGGUUCACUCUUCUUUUAAUUUCAACCAAUUCACCAAAAUUCUAACUUUAUCACAGAAAAGAAUUUGUUUGAAUUCAUAGAAAAGGGCAUGAGAAAGUUUCAUAUUACUCUUAUUUUGACCAAGAGAGCAAAUGUGUAAUAAGUCCAGUGGUCACAUGACUUGUUGUAUUCUCAUGAAUUUUCAUUGUGUGGAAAUUUUCAUCUCUACAGCUGAAAGAACCUGGGGAUAAUGUUGAGUUGUUGCAGGGAAGCACUGAUAGUUUAAUAUUUUUCUUGCAAUCAACAGAGGCACGCCAAGCGUUCAACCCAGUGUAACCACUAGCAGAGAGUCAUUUUCCAGUUCGCAAGGAAUUUGCCACAUGGGUGCCCAAUCCUCUGCCAAAUUCACAGAACCUCAUGCACCUGCUUACUGUAGCUCCAGCCAAUCAGAUGUCAUUGUCCUUCACUAUUGGUUCCAACCAAUUAGAUCGCAUUGUGCCUCACCAGAUCUUCAAUGAAUAGAAGGUUGGAGCAUCCAGCAACUGUUGUGACUUGGAUGUUAAACUAGCAGAGGUUGUCGAUGAUUUCAGUACAUAGGAAAUGUGAGAAAAUUCCGUUUUAGUGGGUGAAAGAGCUUUAAUUAGUUGUAUGUUUGUUUAUGUAGCUAUAACUUAAAGCCUAUCUGAGAAAGACAGGGUAACUAAAUGGUAUAAUAUUUAAUUGAUGUAAUAUAGUUUUUAAUAGACUGACAAGCACAUGCAUAUAUAUUUAAAUAUAAAUAACGUGUAUUUUUAAAGACCUUCACCAUUCCCUGCUAUGUUUAACCAAUAAAACAUGAAUGUGGAAUUA